AUGCAGUCACGCCCCAGUCAGCAGGGGUCCCACUGCAACAUGCUGACCUUCCUCGGGUGUAGCAGCCACCUCAGCCUGGCCCUGGUUCUGCUCCCUUGUAGCCAGCAGCAGCAGUGGCCGGCCAGGGAGCGCAGCCUGGAGCUGCAGGGGGCAAGCACUCUCCUAUUGACCCAGGGCGGUGUGGACCUCAUGGAACAAAUUCAAACCCAAUUGAACACACUGAAGCAAGAGAGAGGAGAACUUCUGGAGUGGAAACAGGAUGCAGAGACGCAAAGCCAGGAAUAUCUGGGAAAGAUAGAAGCUGAGAGGCAGAAAAAGUCUGAAUUUGAGCAACUGCGGCAGUUCCUGGAUGAGCAAGAGCGACUCCUGCUGGCCCAACUGGAAGAGCUAGACAAGGAAAUUGUGGAGAUACAGGAUGAAAAUGUCACCAAACUGUCUGAGGAGAUUUCCCGUCUCAGUGACUUGAUCAGUGAGAUAGAAGAGAAGUGUCAGCAGCCAACAAGUGAAUUCCUGCAGGACAUCAAAAGCACCUGGAGCAGGUGUGAGAAGGUGAAGUUCAAGAAACCAAUGGCUGUGUCACAGGAUGUGAGAGAGAAAGUUGGCGUCUCUUCCCAAAGAAAUGUUUGUCUACAGGAGGCUCUGAAGAAAUUCAAAGAGACCCUGCCCUAUCAACUGAACUUUCUGAUCUUUCUGAAAGAGGUGCAGGCCACUCCGGAUCCAGACCUGGGAAUUCCCCGUUCUGUCGUGUCCACAGAUGAGAGUGUGAUACAGAAAUACCAAGACACGGGAUAUUUAGUAACACAGAACAGGUUUUACCCUGCUGCCUGUGUGCUGGGCUAUGAGGGCUUCACCUCAGAUAAGUGGCAAGUGGAGGUGGGGAACAAACAUAAUUGGGUUUUGGGUGUUGCCAAAGAGUCUGUGAUACAUGAGGGAGCGACAAGCUGUACACCAGAGGAGGGGAUCUGGGCUUUGCAGACUACAGGGAAUGAGUACUCGGCCCUCACUCCCGAGACUGCUCUGGCCCUAACUCGUAGCCCCAGUAACAUUGGGGUUUAUCUGGAUUAUGAAGGGGAGAAAGUUACAUUUUAUGACAUUACAUCUUCUGGCAGAGAGCUGAUCUUUACUUUCACAUCCUCUUUCACUGGGAAGAUCAUCCCCUUCUUUGGCAGCCGGCGUGUAGAAUUUCAGAGUUCACUGGUAAGCAUGCAAUUAGGUGUUCACUGGCCGGCAUACCAUUAAGACCUGUGACAGAGGAGCAGGGAUCACUCAAUAUGAGAUAUCUAAAGUAGAGCAAAGACAUAGGUAAUAUAUAAAUUCUAACUAUCACACUUU